UGGGACCCUCGCUUAUUUGUCGACACGUGACUUGCACGGCAGCUCCACCGUAGAUAUACGUAGACUUCACCGCAUACUCUCUCAGUCACACCGAGGUUGACCCAGUUACCAAACAACACAACAACCAAAGAGACUCGAAGUUAUAACCAGAGAGUCGGGAAACAAAUUAUCUAUUCACUUCCGUCGCCGGCGAUUUACUCUCACCGGCACAUAUCUAAGAAUUUAGGGGUUUUCUUUUUUUUCUCUCAGAGUUUAGAGAGUUCUCUGAGAGAAAAGAAUGAAAAGGAGCUUCGACGGGAACGAUGAGGAUCAGCCUGAGCGUAAGCGGCCUGCUCUUGCUAGUGUGAUUGUUGAAGCUCUGAAAGUUGACAGUUUGCAGAAGCUUUGCUCGUCUUUGGAACCUAUCCUCCGCCGAGUUGUCAGUGAGGAAGUGGAACGUGCUUUGGCAAAAUUAGUCCCUGCUAGGCUUACUGAAAGUUCCGGGUCUCCUCCGAAACGAAUCGGUGGUCCAGAUGGCCGGAACUUGCAGCUGCAUUUCAAGUCUAGGCUAUCUCUUCCUUUAUUCACCGGAGGGAGAGUGGAAGGAGAGCAAGGCGCUGCGAUCCAUGUUGUACUGAUCGAUGCAAACACAAGGCGUCCUGUGACAUUUGGGCCAGAAGCUUCCCUGAAGCUCGAGGUCGUUGUGCUUGGUGGUGACUUCAACAAGGAAGAUGAUGGAGACUGGACACAGGAGGAGUUUGAAAGCCACGUUGUGAAAGAGCGUGAAGGAAAGAGACCGUUGCUUGCUGGAGACUUGUGUGUUGUUCUCAAGGAAGGUGUAGGCACUUUAGGGGAGCUUGUUUUCACGGAUAAUUCGAGUUGGAUUCGAAGCCGGAAGUUCAGGCUUGCCUUAAGGGUCGCUUCUGGGUGUUGUGAUGGUGGCACACGCGUGCGUGAGGCAAAGACGGAAGCUUUCGUUGUUAAAGAUCACAGGGGAGAAUUGUACAAGAAGCAUUAUCCACCUGCUUUGAACGAUGAAGUGUGGAGAUUGGAGAAGAUUGGUAAGGAGGGGGCGUUUCACAAGAAGCUAACUGCUGCAGGAAUAGUCACUGUGGAGGGCUUUCUGAGAAACUUGGUCAGAGAUUCUGCAAAAUUACGGGGUAUUCUGGGAUCUGGAAUGUCAAACAAGAUGUGGGAUGUGCUAGUGGAGCAUGCAAAGACAUGUGUUCUAAGCGGUAAGCUUUAUAUCUACUAUGCUGAAGAGACAAGAACUGUCGGCGUUGUGUUCAAUAACAUCUACGAGUUAUGUGGCCUCAUUUCUGGGGAUCAAUACUUCUCUGCUGAUUCACUCUCUGACAGCCAAAAGGUAUAUGUGGAUGGACUGGUGAAGAAAGCAUAUGAGAAUUGGAACCAAGUCAUAGAGUAUGAAGGCAAAACUCUGUUAAACUUCAAUCAGCCUGAGCGGUUGGAUAUAUCUCAGACUGAUACUGAAACAGCUCCAGCAAAUUACUCUACGGUGCUUCCGUCUUCAAUGCCACAUAGUCAGCUUCCAGAUUUCUCAAUCGGAGGGUAUAAUCAAACGGUUGCAACAGCUCAGCUUCAUAACCCACAAGCGCAAUGCGGUAUUGUUUUACCGCAAGAUCAGUAUAUGGCAAUACAUCAACAUCGAAACCAAACCGCCAUAGAGAAUCAAAACGUGACUGGGCUGGAUCUUGGUCCUCCACAACUGCAAUCCACAGGCGGGUACCAAGACAUCGGUUCUUCUGUUCAUCAGGCAGGUCUUAAUUCCUUACAAGACUGGUCAAACGAGCGUGAGAACAACUUUUUGUCAGAGGAAGAUAUCAGGCUAAGUAGCCAUGAAAUUCUAGGGAAUGAGGACAUGCAACAGUUGCUCCAGCUCUUCAGCAUGGGAGGAGGCAACGGAGAAGAUGGGCUUGCUUUCCCAUCGUUUAUGCAAAAUUCGCCGAUGACUCAGGGAUAUGAUGAUGACCGUGGGAGAUCAGGGAAAGCGGUUGUUGGGUGGCUAAAGAUCAAAGCAGCAAUGAGAUGGGGAAUCUUCAUAAGGAGGAAAGCUGCUGAGAGAAGAAGAGCUCAGAUUGUGGAGCUUGAUACUGUUGAUGAAGAGAUUAACAGUCAGGUUGCUUGCUAGUCUAUAGAAAGCCCUGUACAGUUUAGUUAUACAUAUACGAUAUACCACAUCACUUGCCGAUAUGGUUUCUCUCAUCUUCGGCCUUAUAUUUUUCCUUUUUUUGGGUUUUGCUUGCUUGGAUUUGGCUGGUUAGACAGGAACAAUUGUACUGAUGCCAGCAAUUAGGUUAUGACAUCGAUAUUCAUAGUUUAUGUUUUGAGAAUACGGUGGAGUUUUUGAAAUUAAAUCUUCAGAGUUCUUCGCUUCUAAUGCUUGAGCUAUAUUGCAUGAAACAAGGC